GUUAUUCCGCUCCGGCUCCAAUACACACACACGCACGAAGGCACGCGCGCGCGCGAGCGAGACAGGGCGAGAAAGAGUCGGUAUUCGGUAUCUCUCCAUCAUUUCAUGUCAUUUUCAUAGAAAGGAGAGAGAGAGAGAGAGAGAGAGAGAAGAAAAGAAAAGAAGUAAUUCCCGGAUAGUGAUACUGAUAUUUUUGCACUUUUAAAGGCUGCGUCCUGGGAAGGUGUGUGUUUUUUGGAGAACUUGCCUGGAUCCUGUAGAAUAAUCCGAGAUGGCUUUCAUGGUGAAGCACAUGAUCGGUGGUCAGCUGAAGGAUCUGACAGGAGGAUUAACGGAGGAGAAAGCGGAUGGAGAGAAAGGAGACGCGGCGGCUAAAGGCAUGACAGAAGAGGAGUAUGAGCAAUACCAACAGCAGCUCGAGGAGGAGAAGCGAGAACGAGAUGCCAAUUUUGCCCAGAAGAAGGCGGAAAGAGCCACAGUGAGAACUCACUUCAGGGAAAAGUACAAACUCCCAAAGAACGAGGUGGAUGAGACACAGAUCCAGGCUGCGACACAGGAUGUGGAGCUGCCCACAGAGCUUGCGAAGAUGAUUGCGGAGGACAACCAGGAGGAAGAGAACAAGCUCUCGGUGCUGGGGCAGCUGUCCAGCAUCCAGAACGUGGACAUCGACCACCUGAAGGACAAAGCACAGGCCACGCUGGAGGAGCUGAAGAACUCCGCAGAGAAGUGCUCGCUCAUGUGAACUUCUCUUUUUCUUUCCACUCUCACUCUCUCUCUCUCUCUCUGUCUCUUCUCUCGUAUAACAUUAAAACACCAAGCACACUUUUAUCUACAUGUCUGUCUCCUUAAUGCCAUGUUGAAGUAGAGAAGCUCCACUCCACACCUCUCUCCCUCUCUCCCCUUCUUUUCUUUUCUGGUCAAUCCCAUACAUUGCAUUAACACACAAUAGGAGCAAAACACUGCCAAUUGUACCAGCUGCCAGGUUUGAUGCCAAGUCCGUGAAGGUUCCUGUACACACACUGAGCAGCACAUACGGCCUCUCACACAUCCCACAUAUCCAUCUCCUCCAUCUGUGUGCCAGAGCCUGUGUUGUAGAUUUAACAUCACUGCUGUUUGUUCGGGAAUAUUCUCAGAGCUGGUGACUUCGGUCCAAGCCGACAUGGGGAAAGGUAUUUCUUUAGCAUUUCGUCUAAGUUUCCUCAGUCAGAUUAUGCAAAACAUACCACCAAGGCUUGCGAGAGUUUUCUUGAAUAGAAGCAACUGAGACAGGGUUUGUCAUGAGAGUCUAGACCAGGAUAAGAUCUGACUCCAGGCUCCUCUGGUCUGGACCAUCAAUUGCUUUUAAAUCUCAGAUAAUCAGGGAUAAAUAAAUAGACUGCAGAGGAUAUGAUGAUAGACAAAAGAAAAGAUGGAGUCAUGAAUCUAGUACACUGCCAGUAUAUUGCUGGAGGAACAAAUGAUUUCAUUUCACAAUAUGGCUUUCACUUGAACUGUUCAGCAGCUUACAAAAAUCACACUAGAGCCGACACACACCCUCUAAUUCACCAUUUUAUUACUCACACAGCUCGGCCUGAUGUGUGCACAGGAUGUAGGAUACUUGGAUUUAUCAGGUUUAUAAAAUCAUGCCCAUAUUUUUGUUCGUUUUGGGUUUUCUUCUUUAGAGUAAUUGAAGGAGCAGCUCUUCUGUUACACUGAGGGCUGGCUUUAAAUCAUUUCAUCUGUAAUAAUGAGUUAAUUCAUUACUUUUUCCGUUAGAUAUUUCAUUUUUAAGUGUAUUUACUGCCCAAAACGUACAUUUCAAUACAACAUCAGCCUGUCAGACAGUGGUGCUGGACUUAAUAAUGCUCCAUUGGUGAGCUGAAAUCAUGUCAAGAUAAGAAUCACACAGAACUUGGACAUGCCUCUUCUCCUCUGACUCCACCCUUACUACCCUUUAUUCACUGCUUACAGAAGGUCAUAUGACUAACUAUAUGUACACUAAUCAUAUCUUAAAAAGGUUAUAAAAGGUUAAAGGAGCUGUUUGUAAUAUUUGAAAGUGUUUUUUUUACAUCUAUAACAAUCUAUAUCUAGAAACAGGAGUCACGAUAUCUCAGUGGAGUUGCUCGAGCUGAUUUCUUCAUACAGGCUUCUGGCCCUGAAAUAAGCUCCGCCCCCCACACAGCUUUAACAAAGCGUUUCAGCUCUGCAAAUUUUCUUUGAAAGACACUUUUUUUUUAUUUCAACUGAGUUUGAUUAAAGGAAUAGACGAAGCCUGGUGGAUGUUUUAAAUGCGAUUGUAAUUCCCCUUGAACGCGGCAGAGUGUGGGAAAAAAUGACAAAGUGCUCCUUUAAGAACGAAGAUCUGUGACUGAACUGAAUUUCAUUUGAAAACUGUAAGGAUAAAGCAAUAAUGUAGAUAGGAUGCGUCUACAUUUAGUCAAACUUGAAAAAACACGUCCGGUCUCCGUGUCUUGAGAACAGAGACGGCUUGGGUUUGAGCCAUACAGAUCUCAUACAGACCCCGAACCCUUAUCAUCGUUUACCUCCCACCCAGUGGUGCUGUCUUGUGCAGGUGAUUGUGUGUUGUCUAACAGCUACCAGCGUGUUGUUCUUUCUGACUGUUCCCCAUUUUAAGAUCACUGUACUCAAUAUUAUACAUACAUAUAUAUAUAUAUAUAUAUAUAAAUAUAUAUAAAAUAAUCAAACUGUCUUUUACUGAACAGUUUGGCUCUCCAAGUUGAUGGUUUAUGGUUUGCAAUAGCACAGAUGAAGAUCAUUUCUGCCAACAUUUGUUUUGCGCUGUGUGCUUUGUGUAAGUCGUGCUGUGACAGUUGGUUGCAACAGUUUUGUGUAAUUGCUAUUUUGAUAAGCACCAGUGAAAAUACCUAGUGCCAUAGAGCAUUGCCAAGAGUCUUAAACAGUGUGUCUUUGUGCUUUUGUAAUCUGUAAGGGUGCAAUAUAAUCCUGUAUAUACAGCAAUACAUAUACAGAAAGGUGAGGGAAGCAUGUUAAUGUUUAUUUAUUCUUUGUCUUUGUUUAUUUAUUUAUUUAUUACUUGUGACAUGAGAGCAUGACUAAAUCCCAAACCUUAAAUAUUCUUUUGAUUUUCUCCUCUGUAUAAUAAUGUGUAUUAUAUAAUAAUGUAUAAUAACCCCCCCUGGAUUAUGUUAAUUUUAUGAUUUUCACUGUGGAAGCUAUAAUAAACAUAUUUUUUUUAA